UCAAAUAUGUUAAAUUUAAAUACAGAAUUUAAGCAACAUAAUGUUUUAUGUCCUGAAACCUUAUUUGUUGAAAUACUUAAAGAUUUUAGCUUAGAAACCUGGCAAUAUCCUGUUUAAAUAAAUGAAAACUUUGCUUUAAAGUUGUUUGAACAUUUAUAAAUUUUAAAGCAGCGUUCGAGUUCAACUUAUAGGACACAUCCUACGGUCAGACUUUUAAAGUAUUUAACAUAAUACCUCUUCAAUAAUUUUGUUAAAACGUGAAGUAUUAUAUAGAGCGGACAUGUAAUAUUUGCUUAAUUUUUGUCUGAACUUCAAAUAAACUCAGUUUAUAGUUUCUUUACAUUCACCUUUGACUUCAGACAGUGGUAGAUGAUAUGAUAUUGGACUUGAUAAACUGGUAAUGGCAAACAUGAACUUAAAACUAUGCUCCGUUUUCAUUUGUUUUAUCGCGUUUGCCGUAGUUCUUGCCCAGGAAAUAACUGUAUCUACGACGGUAGGUGUUAUAACAGGAACAACGGAGGCGGCAACGUUUGAUGGAAAUACUUACAACGUAAAACAAUUCCUCGGAAUUCCAUACGCAAAACCACCUGUGGGGGAACUACGAUUCAAGAAGCCGGAGCCAUUGCCUAGACUGCAGUCACCAUUUAGGGCAACGAAAUUUGGAUUUAUCUGUCCACAGAUCAUUCUCCCGGGCGAACCAUUAGUCGGCGUACAGGACGAGGAUUGUUUACAUCUAAACAUUUUUAUUCCGACUCAAGCACCUGAUAACUCUGACGGGCAUGCUGUGAUGGUAUGGAUUCAUGGAGGCGCUUUUAUUCUUGGCUCUUCGGACGAGUAUGAUGCGAAAAUACUGGCCGGUUUUGGAAAUGUUAUUGUUGUUACAAUCAACUAUAGACUUGGUCCAUUGGGAUUUUUCAGUACCAUGGAUUCUAGCUGUCCGGGAAACUUCGGAUUAUGGGAUCAGAAGAUGGCUUUAAACUGGGUACGUGACAAUAUUGCUCCUUUUGGCGGCGAUAUCAACCGUAUUACAAUUUUUGGUGAGUCCGCGGGAGCUAUCAGUGGUAUAAUGCAAGGUAUGUUACCAGAAAAUAAUAACUUGUUCAAGAGAAUUAUUGCUUCGAGUGGAUCUCCUUCUGUACGAUCAAUGAACUGUUCUAGAAAUACACUGACCGGGGCUACUUAUAUGGCGGGAAAAGUGGGAUGUGCUUCCGGAGAUACUUCAGCUAUGAUCGAAUGUUUGAGGAAAGUCAGCUGGCAGGAUUACAUGGCGGCUAUAAAUGCAUUAAACCAAAAUUCGGAUAGUAUAGAAUACUUAAUAUUUGAUCCAGUGGUAGAUGGAGACUUUAUAAAACAUGAACCAAGGGACAUAUACGAGAAGUCCAAAACAAGUACAUACGAUGAACUCGGACUCUUGAAAUCAUUUGAUUUGUUAGCUGGAAUGAAUGAACAUGAGGGUGCCUACUAUAUAAUGUACUUCGUUGGCGAUGUUGAUCCCGAUGAGUUCAUGCCAACUCGAGAAGAAAUGAGAAAAUUCCUACUACCGGCAGCAAUGAAUCUUGUUUACAACAGAACAUUUUCUGAAUCAAUCAUGCGACUUGUAGAGAGCGAAUACAGUUUGGUCCGAUCCUGGCGAUUACCACAAUAUCAGACUACAGUUUUCAAAAAUAUUUGGUGAUACUGGUUUCGCAGUACCAACCGUCGAGUUUGCACGACUUCAUUUAGCAUUACCACCAACAUCUAAGACAUAUGUCUAUAAAUUCAUGCCGAGUCCUUCAAAGCGCAGUCCGGCUACACCUAUCUGGACACCUGGAGCAAACCAUGCUGAUGAUCUUGGUUUUGUGUUUGGGUUUCAUAACCAACCAGAUGCAAAAGCAUGGGAGAUUGAAUUGUCUAAACAUAUGAUGCGAUACUGGACAAACUUUGCUAAAACAGGAGAUCCAAAUAAUCCAAGUCAUCCUGGACCAGUAUGGCACGAGUAUGAUCUAGAUGAUCAACAUUACAUGGAGCUGGACAAGACCUUGAGUGCAGAUGGCGGGAAACAGUAUGUGUUUGCGCGGGAGAUUAAUUUCUGGUUGGAGGUAUUUCCGCCGCUUGUAUCCACUAUAGAUGAGCGAGAAAGAAAUACGGGGAAAUGUUACGAUGACACAAGUGCUGGGCACACUUCAUAUGUCAGUCAGGUGGUACUGCUGGGUUUUCUGUUGUUAGCUGUAUUCAUUUAACAACUUGACGCUUCCAUCAACUUCCUGUUUCAGAGGAAAGCCUUUAUAUUUUUACAUGUACAACUUUAAUAUUUUACUCAUUGGAGUCAUAAGACUAUCUUUUUCUGAUCUACUUUAUGUUUUAGCUAUUUAAUGCAAAUUUACUGACUUUGUACUGUAAGAAUUUUUUCAUCAGCAAAAAUACUGUGCUAUUUAUUUGCAAAAAUGCAAGCAUCUGUUAUAUAAUAACUGCUUGUAUUCGAUACUUACUAUGAAUAUAGAACUGUUGAAGUUAAGGCAAACUGAAUUCAAAACCGUCGGCCGAUGAAAGGUAAACGUAAUAUCCACUGCAUUUGAAAGCCAUGACCUUUUUCACUUUCCCUUUCGUAAUACCGUUACUAUAUAACCUGAACGUAUUUGAUUUACAAAGAUAUACAGCACAGUGUGUAAUCUGUAAAAUAGUUUACACUUUGUCUACUUAAAAAAUAUAUAACAAUAUGCAAUAGAUUUUGUGUUAUUUCAUUUUUUCUAUAUCUUCUUCAAGGGUAUAUGAAUUCGCCUAAUCAGGGUGGGCAACAGGCAUGUGUUUUCGGUAUCGUUCACAAGGCGAAAAUCGCCCGAUUGCGGUAGCAGUUUUGCUUGUAAGUUCCAUAUUAUCCCAUAUAAAUUGUAUAGAAUCAACUGUUUUAUGAACCUUACCUAAAUUA